AUGAGCUCAUUUACCGACAACCUUCUCCCAAUUUACAUAGUGGGAGAAACAAUACGCGCAAAUUAUGCAUACUUUGCCUUUCAAACGGCUCCUCAGAUCACCCCGUCAUUGAUUGCCCUUCUUUCCGAAGCUUCGAAGCUUGCCAUCGCAGCUAUCAUCAUCAACUAUUCCAAAGAAGGCCUUAGCUCGAUAUGGAAAAAGUGCAACAGUAAUAGUUUCAAGGACAUCUUGCGAUAUGGCAUUCCUGCUGCCUUUUAUCUUACAAAUAACCUGAUAUAUUUCACGGUCUUACCAUCCACAUCACCGAGUCUCCUCCAAGUAUGUAUGCUAGCAAAAAUCCCGGCGACGGCAAUCCUACAUCAUUUUUGGGUUAGGAAGCAAGGCAAUUCUCGAUCAUGGAUAUCUCUUGGGUGCCUUUGUUUUGGACUCCUUCUCUUCAACAUUCCCUCGGGCGGUAAUACAAAGGGCUGGCUGGUGGCUCCUGUGGCAGGGUCUGUCAUCGCGGUAUUCUCUGCAAUUGCUAGCAUUGCUAGUGAGUCUCUCACCAAGGUUGGAUCAUUUUGGGAGUCACAAUUAUGGCUCUACCUUUGGGGGGUAUUCUUCGCUAUCGUCUCAUAUCCUAUCGCUACCUGGAUGACGACUGAUCGCGGGACGAACUCAAACCUUUCGAUGACAUCUACUGUAACAAUUGCGAUAUAUUUCUCAUGUCUGACAUCUGGUGUUGGUCUGAUUGUUGCUGCCAUGCUCCGGAAGAAGGACAACCUCAUGAAGUUAGUUGGGACUUCUAUCAGCUUGCUCACAAUUGCAGCAUCUCAAUACUUCAUAUUUCCAGCGUUACGGUCAUCCGGAUUCACAAUCUGGAAGAUAAUAGGUGGCUUGGUGGUCAUAGUUUCGACCGGCUGUUAUAACUAUUUCAAGGACACGUCCCCGGAAAACGCCAAUUUGUUAAGCCAGCUACUUCCAACUUCAAACGAGUAUGCUCAAGAUGGCGAGAUCUCGGAGCUCAAGGAGCCAAGUACUGCAUCGGCUUUAGGAAAAAUGUUGUCGUGGCUCCCUUCUAACCGUCCAACGUUGUCGUCGGCAUCGUACGGCUUGGUUGAAACUCGGGAAGUCGAAAUUGAAGAUAGUACACUGUCUACUAAUAAGGGCUAA